GCUUUCGCGCAUGCGUGUACGCGUAUACGUCACAUCAUGGCCGAUAUCGGUUUCCCGAGAUGUGCGGCGAGUUUAAAAGGCGUCAUUCUGGACAUGUGUGGAGUUUUGUAUGACAGCGGGGAAGGCGACGGGGUUGCCAUUCCCGGCUCUGUCGAUGCCGUGAGGAAGCUGAAGGCUUCCGACUUGAAGCUAAGGUUUUGUACAAAUGAGACUCAAGCCGCGAGGGAGAAGUUUGUUGCCAAACUCCGAAGAUUGGGAUUUGACAUAUGUGUCAGCGAAGUCUUCUCACCAGCACCUGCAGCGGUUGCUGUCCUGCGAGAAAGAGGACUGCGGCCCCAUCUGCUGGUGUAUGACGCGCUUCUCUCGGAGUUUGAAGGUGUGGACACAAGCGACCCCAAUUGCGUGGUGAUCGGCGACGCAGCCGAAAAGUUCUCGUACGCCAACCUGAACGAGGCAUUCAGGGUCCUGAUCGGCUUGGAGAAACCCAUUCUAUUCUCGCUUGGAAAAGGGAAGUACUACAAGGAGACUGAUGGCCUCAAGCUGGACGUAGGAGUUUACAUGAAGGCCCUGGAGUACGCCUGCGACGUGGAAGCCGAGGUCAUUGGGAAGCCGUCCGCUACAUUCUUCCAGAGCGUCCUCAAUGACAUGGCGCUUCAGCCACAUGAGGUGUUGAUGAUUGGUGAUGAUCUGGUGAAUGAUGUGGGUGGUGCCCAACAAUGCGGAAUGAAAGGCGUGCAAGUAAGAACAGGAAAAUACAGGCCCAGUGACCAGAAGCACCCGACCGUGACGGCAGACGGGACGACUGACCACCUGGCCCAGGCUGUGGACAUGAUCCUUAGCCAGAGAGGGAAAUCCUAAGGUGAUACAAGCUUGAUCAAGCCAAGUUGUGGUUUGGGCCACGUAACCCCAGAAGCAUAAUUGCAAUGUGAAAACGGCUUAAAGUUUUCUACUUUGUGUCGGUACGUGUAUGGCUGGAUUGAGGCAACUAGUUAGUUGAUGUAUUAGAUUCAAAUCAGAAUCAAAAAGUAGGCCAGAGUCUAGUACAGUGUGAACAUGUCAGACACAAUUAGGCUGAAAGACCCUAACUAGUUGGUCCUUUCUUAGAAUCACCUAUGGCGUAACCUCAACACUUCUGUCAGUCGUACAACAUACAGUACAGUUCAGUACUGUACACAUACAGUACUGUUCAGUGUAUCUGUACAUGAUUGCUACAACAACUUUAUUGUCUGACAGGCAGCGUUGUCGAACUUGAUAAAUCUGCACGACUACCUUAAAUGACGCCUAGCACUUGUCUGGUUUAGCGCAGUGCUGACAAAGACAGGAAUUUAACAGUCACAUUACAUUUGGCUUUUAGAGACCUCAAACAGGAACUAACUCAAUGUAUUGUACAUAUGGACAGAAGUAUUGGGACUUUCGUAGGUCCAGUAUCCACCUUAUCCCUGUUAUAGUUCACCACGAUGUUUGGCAGGUGUGAGGUCACCACGCUUCAGUUUUUGCAAACUUUGGAGGGAGCUAAUGCUUCACAAUCCAAGACCAUAGGUGGAGUUUGACGUUUGGGGCAGGGGGGACACAACAUGUUGAUGACCCCGAAACACAGUGUCAGUAAUAAAAUUAACUUACAAGAAUGUUUAUAAUAAUAAGUUGACAAUGAGCAUUUAUUAUUUCCCAUCAUUCUUGAGGGGAAUUCUGAAUCAGGCUGCUUAGGCAAUACAUUUCACCAAGAUAGUCAUCCAUUGAAGAUGGUACGCCCGCCGGUGUCGUGCCAAUGUAGUUACUCCAGUCAAAAAUUGUAUCCCCUGAGCGGAGCCAUAUGGAGGUAGAUUUGUGUCUUUAUUAUUCAAUCCCCCCAAAAAAUUGCUUCAAUAAAAAAAAAAAAAGUUGCUUCAAUCAAAAUAUAUAUUUUCUAUCCAAAAAAAAGUCGCUUCAAUAAAAAAAGAGUUUGAAUGCAAAAAUAAAUUUGAAACUCAAAAAAAAUGCUUUUUUUUUUGGAGUCAAGUUUUUUUUGAUUGAAGCAACUUUUUUGAUUGAAGUAAUGUUGAUUUGUGUUUGGGCCACAUUUUAGCUAGGACGUUUUUGUCUUUAUUAUUCAAUCAAAAAAAUAAAAAGAAAAGAAAAGAAAAAUCACAAUCAAAAAGAAAAAUUUCAAUCAUGGAAAACGUUUUUAAAUGCGAAAAAAUAUUUGAGAUUAAAAAAUUUGCAUUUUAACAGAUAAUUUUUCAUUGAAAAAGUUUUCUUUGAAGCAAUCCUUUUUGUGUUCGGGCCAUUUAUGGAUAGGACAUUUGUGUCUAAAUCAUUCAAUCCCCCAAAAAGUUGCUUCAACAAAAAAAAAAAAAAAAAAAAAUUUCAAUCAAAGAAAAAAAUCAUUUGAAAAAUAAAAUUGCCCUCCCCUAAUUUUUUCUUGGAGGGGGGGGGUUAUAUACAAAGCAAAUGACUGUCUAAGGUGCUCGUCACAUGAUCUGUUCGAAAAAUAAUUUUGAGCCAUGAUAAGAAUUUUUUUUUUUGUUCAUUUCAUUCAUUUUUGUUGCAGUUUUAUUGCUUUACAACUUAUAUAUGAAAGUCAUUUUCAUGCAAUGACACUUUUCGGCCACCAGGGGGGCCCUGCCCCCCCCCACCCUUAAAA